AUGCAUCGACAGCUCAACACCCCUCAUCACGUGAACGCACCACCUUUUCUGCUCCCCCAACCGACCUCGUCCAUCUGCCGGCCGCCACGUCGACACGUUGCCCUACCGCCGCCCGCCGCCGCCAUGGACGACAAGGGGGACCUCGGGAACCGACGGUGCGACGAGAGAAGCGGAGAACGCGUCGACGGGCAGAUCAAGUCCGAGGCCGGGAGGGCCUACUGGGAAGCCGUCGAGCCGACGGUCAACGGCAUCCUCGGCGGCAUCCCCGCCGUGCCGGGCUUCCAGUCCAUCUCGAGGAUUGAUCUGCAGGGCUCCCGCACCCUCCUCGCGAGGCUCGGCAUCGGUGCCAAAGCAGGCCGGGGCAGGGUGGCCUCGGCCCUCGACGGCGGUGCCGGCAUCGGCAGGAUCACCGAGGGUCUGCUUCUCGACGUCGCCGACGAGGUGGACGUCGUCGAGCCCGUCACCAAGUUCACCGACGCUCUCCGCGGCAAGCCGGGCGUCCGGACCAUCUUCAACGUCGGGCUCGAGGAGUGGACGCCGGCCGACGGGACGCGGUACGACCUGAUCUGGACCCAGUGGUGCCUGGGCCACCUCACCGACCGUCAAGUCGUGCGGUAUCUCGACGUUUGCAAGACGGUUCUGCGCGCCGGCUCCGGGCUCGUCGUCGUCAAGGAGAACCUCAGCACGAGCGGCGUCGACAUCUUUGACGACACCGACAGCAGCGUGACGAGACGAGACGAGACCUUUCGGCGCAUCUUUGCCGAGGCGGGACUGCGCAUCGUCAAGACGGAGCUGCAGCGCGGCCUGCCCGAGACGUCGGAGACGAGGCUGUUUCCCGUGCGCAUGUAUGCGCUCAAGCCCUGA